AUGGAACUCGCCUCCAAGUCGAACCAAGUGUACCUGCUGGUGAAGAUCGUCAACCUGGAGAAUGUCAACGCCGUCAGUCAUGUAAAGAAGGCACUGAAGCUUAUCAUAUUCGACCUCUUCGGGCUGGUCAUGCUACUGAAGGUCGAUUUUAAAAUGCUGAAGAUCGCGCAGAGCAACCGCUUCUUCGUUCUGCGCACCGGUUUGAGGAUGGUGAACCUCCUCCUGUACGCCAUGCAGCCCAGCCAGACGAUGCGUCACCAGUUUUCCCUAAAGGUGCUAAAAAUUUCGACCUUCCUGCCCAAUUUGACAUGCACCACGGGGGUGGAGAUGUGUCAUAAAAGCGAUAACAAAGCGGUGACAAAGCAUUGA